GUUCACUGUUUACACACUCGAGGUCAUGUGACUGGUUAACUAAAUCUAUUUUUGUGUUUAUAACUUGCUGGCUGUAACUAGAGUUUAGAAAAGAGUUUGUACAGAAUGUGUGAGGGAAAAUCACCGAGAGGCGCACGGCUUGGUCUGCUCAUUUGUAGCACUUUUCUGUUGGUACUUGCCCUAACGUGUAUAGCGGGGGGUGUUGUCCUCAUCAUCGGUAAAACGGCCUACGGUAACGAGCUACAGUUUCUCAGGGAUAACCUCAAGACGUCCUACACGUCCUUGAGCAUCAGCACCCCGAAUGUAAACGACAUUGACAUUAUCUUCAUCACGAUCCCCCUGGGCGCCGUCCUCCUGAUUUUCGGAGCUCUGAUAUCCGGCAUCAGUAUUCUCGGCAUCAUCGCGGGGGCGGGGCAGUUCUACAGGUUCGUCAUCGUUUUCCUUGUCUUCAUCGGCUGCCUCUUCUUCGCUCAGAUCGUCGUCAUCAUCUGCGCGUACAUCGACCGCACGCCUUUCGACAGCACGGUCAAGCUCCUGCUCAAGAACUCGCUCUCAGGAUACACGGGCGACGACGGCAAGGACAGCUUCACCAUCGGCUGGAACGCUGUUAUGUCCUACAAGAAAUGCUGCGGGGUCGACAGCUUCGACGAUUUCUCUGUGGCUACGGGCUGGUCCAAGUCCUUGGGGGGCGUAACUCUCAAGACGCCUGCCAUGUGCUGUAUCACCAAGAGUUCUCCCGCCAAUUGUGCUAACACAGCCAACUACCUGACAGCCACCUACUACAACAGGGGGUGCUACCAGCACAUGUGGGACUACGUCACCUCCAACACGGGCCUCAUCAUCUUCACCGUCUUCUUCAUCGUCCUCCUAGAGUUUCUCUGCAUCUUCUUCGCCGUGUGGAUCAUCUGCAACCGUAGGAGCAAGGGCUUCACCAAAGUCGGCAGCUAUGAGAGGUACAACUAAUGUACAACUAUGAGAGGUACAACUAAUGUAUAGCUGUGAGAGGUACAACUAA